AUGCUGAGGCACUUUAUGAGGCUUGAUAUUGACAACGAUCUGCUGACGGCAAUGGCAGAGCGAUGGCGCCCCGAGCUGCAUACCUUCCACUUUCCCGAGGGUGAAAUGACGAUCACCCUCAAAGAUGUUGCUAUCCUCACCGGGCUCCCGAUCACCGGAGAUGCCAUCAUCGACAACUCAAGAAAACCGGAAGAUGGUUGGGGGCCAUUGAUUCAACAAUGUUUGGGGUUCAACUUGCCAACCACCACGCCCGUCGAAGGGGCUGGGCAUCCACCACUGAAUGCGGGGCAAGUAUCGAUCCCGUGGCUUGUUGACCACAUCCAGUUGGAGGUUAAUAUAGGCCCGGACACUCCUGAAGAUCAGGUGGAGCGACAUCCCGAGGAUCAAGAGACAUGGUUGUGCAAGGUGCCCUUAAUCUGCUGGCACAUGGUGGAAUGGCACCUGCCUGAUCGAUCUUUGAGGCAAUAUCGAUUGGAGCAACCAAUUCCAGCAUCCCCACCUCAAGGGUUCAGGGAGCUCCACGCCAUUGACCUACGCUACACCAAAAAGGAUUGGGUCCGCAAGCAUGAAUUCUACAUCAACAUAUGGGAGAAUAGAAAUCAGUGGGUGGUCCAAGGGGCGCCGGAGACGAGGCCAAUGGGGUACCACGAUGGCUACAUGCGGUGGUAUCAGAAAUUCACGCUAAGAUGGGUGUCAAAGCAAGUAUGA